CUCUUCAAAUUCAGUUCAAGAAAUUACAGUGAUUUCAAUUUCAUUUUUUCUAGAAAAUUCAGUUUCAGUUUUCUGAAGGCAAAAUCGUGAGAAGCUAUGGCUGCAAAAGGUGAGGGUCCUGCUAUCGGAAUCGAUUUGGGAACGACAUACUCUUGCGUUGGCGUUUGGCAGCAUGAUCGUGUUGAAAUCAUAGCCAACGAUCAAGGUAACAGAACCACCCCUUCCUACGUGGCUUUCACCGACACAGAACGGUUGAUCGGCGAUGCUGCCAAGAACCAGGUCGCUAUGAACCCAACCAACACUGUUUUUGAUGCUAAGCGUUUGAUUGGUAGGAGGUUCAGCGAUGUUUCGGUGCAGAGUGACAUGAAAUUGUGGCCGUUCAAGGUGAUUGCUGGACCUGCUGACAAGCCUAUGAUUGUUGUGAAUUACAAGGGAGAGGAGAAGCAAUUUUCAGCGGAAGAGAUAUCUUCUAUGGUUCUGAUGAAGAUGAAGGAGAUUGCGGAGGCAUAUCUUGGUUCCACGAUAAAGAAUGCUGUGGUGACUGUGCCUGCUUACUUCAAUGACUCGCAGCGACAAGCUACUAAGGAUGCUGGUGUGAUUUCUGGGCUCAAUGUGAUGAGAAUCAUCAACGAGCCUACUGCAGCUGCUAUUGCUUAUGGACUUGAUAAAAAAGCUAGCAGCUCCGGUGAGAAGAACGUUCUCAUUUUUGACCUUGGUGGUGGGACUUUUGAUGUUUCACUACUCACUAUUGAAGAAGGUAUUUUUGAGGUGAAAGCCACUGCUGGUGAUACCCUUGGGGGUGAGGAUUUUGAUAACAGAAUGGUGAACCAUUUUGUUCAGGAAUUCAAGAGGAAGAACAAGAAGGAUAUUAGUGGAAAUCCUAGAGCUUUGAGAAGGUUGAGAACUGCAUGUGAGAGGGCUAAGAGGACUCUCUCCUCUACAGCUCAAACUACAAUCGAGAUUGAUUCGCUGUACGAGGGUGUUGAUUUCUACACAAGUAUCACUCGUGCUCGGUUUGAGGAGCUCAACAUGGAUCUGUUCAGGAAGUGUAUGGAGCCGGUGGAGAAGUGUUUGAGGGAUGCUAAGAUGGAUAAAAGUAGCGUCCACGAUGUUGUUCUUGUUGGUGGGUCUACUAGGAUCCCCAAGGUUCAGCAGCUUUUGCAAGACUUUUUCAAUGGAAAGGAGCUUUGCAAGAGUAUCAACCCAGACGAGGCUGUUGCCUAUGGUGCUGCUGUUCAGGCUGCUAUUCUCAGUGGCGAGGGGAACGAGAAAGUGCAGGAUCUUCUAUUGCUGGAUGUUACCCCUCUCUCUCUUGGUUUGGAGACCGCUGGUGGGGUCAUGACCGUGUUGAUUCCCAGGAACACAACCAUUCCCACCAAGAAGGAGCAGGUGUUUUCAACGUACUCCGACAACCAGCCUGGUGUGUUGAUUCAGGUCUAUGAGGGUGAACGAACAAGGACUCGUGAUAACAAUUUGCUCGGCAAGUUUGAGUUGUCUGGCAUUCCUCCUGCUCCAAGGGGUGUCCCACAGAUCAAUGUUUGCUUUGACAUUGAUGCAAACGGUAUAUUGAAUGUCUCUGCGGAGGACAAAACCACUGGACAGAAGAACAAGAUAACAAUUACCAACGACAAGGGCAGGCUUUCCAAGGAGGAGAUAGAGAAGAUGGUGCAGGAAGCCGAGAAGUACAAAGCUGAGGACGAGGAGCACAAGAAGAAAGUGGAGGCCAAAAAUGCAUUGGAGAAUUAUGCCUAUAACAUGAGGAACACAAUCAAAGAUGACAAGAUUGCUUCCAAGCUGUCUGCUGAUGAUAAGAAGAAAAUUGAAGAUGCUAUUGAACAGGCUAUUCAGUGGCUGGAAGGAAACCAACUUGCCGAGGCUGACGAAUUUGAGGAUAAGAUGAAGGAGUUGGAGAGCAUUUGCAAUCCCAUCAUAGCUAGGAUGUAUCAGGGUGCUGGUGGGGAUGCGGGUGGAGCCAUGGAUGAGGAUGGUCCUUCUGCUGGUAGUGGAAACGGUGCUGGACCCAAAAUAGAGGAAGUCGAUUAAGCAAAACAUUUCGCAUUGUAGUUUGUUUUUGCCAAGACCCUUUAGGGAUAAUAGUUUUGUAUGCAUGUUUUUUUUGGGAUAGCUGAAUGUACUUUUUUCUCCUUUUUUAAGUGUACUUUUGUCACCGCUUCGUUGGAUGCAAUAAUGUGAAUUUGCUCAUAUGGUUUAUUUGA